GUCAUUAACUGUUGUCCUGUUGUGCACGAAUUUGUGUUUAGCAUAGCUGAACAACGCUUGAGACGAUUAAAAACAUGAAUUUCCCGUGUGUCCUUCAGAUCUGCGUGUCAGCAUGUGUGUUUUAUGGCGUUUCCACAGCUAAAAGUGACGGUCCGGUGGUGGAGACGCGUUUGGGAGCGUUGAGGGGAGAGUAUGUGAGUGUGAGGGGGUGGGAGGGGCCUGUGCGGAGUUUUUUGGGGGUGCCGUUUGCUCAGCCCCCGCUGGGCCCUCUUAGACUCAAACCCCCCCUCCCCGCAGAGAGCUGGGAGAGCAUCAGAGAUGCUACACACCAACCAUUCAUCUGUGUACAGGACAGACAGAUGAUGGUGGACAUGCUGAAGGAUUACCAGAUGGAUAUGGAGCUGCCACAGAUGUCUGAGGACUGUCUUUACCUCAACAUCCACACACCAGCACUACCCAAACACAAACUACCAGUCAUGGUUUGGAUCCAUGGGGGAGGGUUUCUAACUGACUCCGCCUCCAUUUAUGAUGGCUCUGCCUUGGCAGCAUAUCAGAAUGUGGUUGUAGUUGUGGUCCAGUACAGACUUGGAAUUCUGGGAUUUUUCAGUACAGGAGACAAGGUGGCCCCUGGGAACCUGGGUUUGCUGGACCAGGUAGCAGCACUGCAGUGGGUCCAGGAAAACAUCCACAGUUUUGGGGGAGACCCAGACUGCGUCACGCUGUUUGGGGAGUCGGCUGGGGGAGCUGCUGUAUCACUGCUCCUCCUCUCGCCGCUUUCCACUGGAUUGGUCCAUCGAGCUAUAGCACAGAGCGGCACAGCAGAUUUGAAGCAGCUCUUCAACCCCACCCCUCAACCUGUAGCCCAGCUCUUGGUGCAGGAGUUGGGCUGUGUUAGCGAUGGCUCUGAGGACAUGCUGAACUGCGUUAGAGACGCGGCCGUGGAGGAAAUCCAGAGAAUCAUCAUACAGAACAAGAACGUCGUGUUUGGGGUGACUGUAGAUGGAGAGUUCUUACCUAAGCCAGUGGAGGAGCUUCUCCAAACGCAAGCGUUCCAGAAAAUUCCGUUCAUCACAGGGGUGACCAACCAUGAGGGGGGCUGGAUCAUCCCCGGGGUAACAGAGUUUGGAGUACCUGUUGGGUCAUGUUUUGAUUGGCAGUUCAUUGCUCCUGAGGGCUGGGCUGAUGGGAUGGAUCGAGAGGCAGUCGUCCCCACGCUGUCCCUUCUUAUGUACGAUCUUGCGGAUCAGCAGUUAGCGGCCCGUUUACUGGAUCAGUACCUGGAUUGGUCAGCAGACAGGGCGGCGGUGAGAGACGUCUUCACUGAGAUUUUGGGCGACCUCAUGUUUGUUGUUCCUGCUGUGAAGGUGGCCCGCAUACACCGUGAUGCAGGUGUUCCUGUUUACUUUUAUGAGUUUGGUCAUGCUCCCAGCAUGCUGGCCAAGAACAGACCGAAGUUUGUGAAAUCCGACCAUGGUGAUGAACUCAUGUUUGUUUUUGGGAAUUGCUUCACAACAGCCCAUAUCAGAAUCAAAGGUUCAUUCACAGAGGAAGAGGAGGUGCUGUGUAGGAGGAUGAUGUCAUACUGGGGGAAUUUCGCCCGCUCAGGGUCUCCUAACGGGCCAGGCCUUGUGCACUGGGCUCAGUAUGGGUCAGAUGAACAGUACCUGCAUAUUGGACUGGGUCAGAGGCCUGGAGCCCAUCUAAAGGAACAUCUCUUCUCUCUGCUGCCCCAUGCAGUAAAACCGAAUCAGAGUAUACAGCAUGCAGAGCUGUAGACCACACACACACACAUACAAACGCAUAGACACACACACACACACACAAACACACAUAGACUCACCUGUCUCAAACUACUGAAGAUGUUAUGUAUGCAUGCCAUACACGUCAUUGUAUGUCAUGACAAGA